ACACAAGGAAUUUAAACAAGUAUAUAUAUGAUAUAUAUCUUAAUCUUGCAGUAUUCACAUUUAUUUGUUGCUGAAUUGUUAAAUUUGUUUCACCAUCAAAUAAAACAUCAUGAACUUGUUUUUGCUACUCAUUUUCAAUAUCAUAGUUUUGACCAAAGUUGGUUGCUUAGAUUUCAACUUCUCAACCUUCCAACCAGAAGAUGCAUCCAAUUUGCGUUUAAUCGCAAACUCAAGCAUAUUAAAAGGUGCCAUCCAAGUAACCUCGGAUGAUCGUGGACAACCACUGGCUAAUCUUUCCGGACGUGCUUUUUACAAUAAACCAUACACACUUUGGAACAAGAAAAACAACAAAACAGCUUCUUUCAACACAACUUUUGUUCUCAACAUAACUCCUCAAACUUCCCCUGGUGGAGAAGGCAUAGCCUUUAUCUUAACUUCAGAACCCUAUCUCCCUGAAAACAGUCAUGGACAAUGGCUUGGUAUUGUUAAUGCUUCUACAAACGGAACUUCUCGAGCCCAAAUUCUUGCAGUAGAGUUUGAUACACGGCAGAAUUCGGCACAAGAUGGUCCUUCAGACCAUGUUGGAAUCAACAUAAAUAGCAUCUCUUCGUUGAAACAAAAACCAUUACUAAACACUAAGGUCAAUCUUUCGUCUGGUCUUAAUGUAACUGUGAGAAUUCAGUAUUCCAAUGAUAUAAUAUCUGUUUUUGGUUCAAUGAAUGAAAAUUCACAAGAUUCUAUGGAGACCCUUUUGGAAUCUCCACCUCUUAAUCUCUCUUCUUAUCUUAGUCAAGAGGUUUACAUCGGUUUUUCUGCUUCAACAAGCAAUUACACAGAGCUGAACUGUGUACUAAGAUGGGAAUUCAAUGGAGAAGAUAUUGAUAUUGAUGAUGAUAUAAAUCACUGGUGGAUUUGGAUUAUAAUUCCAAUCGUGAUAAUCAUAGGCGUGUUCGUCUUUAUUUUGGCUUAUGCUCGAAGGAAAAAAAAUAUGGAGAUUUCAGAUGAUACAUAUCCACAUAUAGAGGAUCAAAUUCAACACUCAUCUAUGGCUCCAAAGAAAUAUGAAUUAAAGGAACUGAUAAAAGCAACAGGUGGAUUCAGCCUUCAGAACAAGCUGGGCGAAGGUGGAUUUGGAACUGUCUAUAAGGGUAUCCUUGAAAACAACAAAGACAUAGCUGUGAAGAGAAUCUCAAAGAACUCGCGUCAAGGAAAGCAAGAAUUUAUAGCAGAAGUAACAACAAUUGGAAGUCUUCGCCAUAAAAACUUAGUGAAACUCAUUGGUUGGUGCUACGAACGGAAAGAGCUUCUUCUUGUUUACGAAUUCAUGCCCAAUGGAAGUUUAGACAAAUACCUAUUUGACCAAUCGAGUGAUGAAUUUGAAUUACAAUAUUCAAAAAUACUUGAUUGGAAAACUAGGAAUAGCGUGAUUCGUGACGUGGCACGAGCACUGGAUUAUCUUCACAAUGGAUGUGAAAAAAGAGUGCUUCAUAGAGACAUUAAAGCAAGCAACAUAAUGUUGGACUUAGAUUACAACGCAAAAUUGGGUGAUUUUGGAUUGGCGCGAACAAUUCAAAAGAGAAAUGAAACUCAUCAUUCAACCAAGCAAAUUGCAGGAACGCCGGGUUAUAUUGCACCAGAAACUUUUCUAAUGGGAAGAGCAACGGUCGAAACAGAUGUGUAUGCAUUUGGUGUGCUUGUUUUGGAAGUUGUGUGUGGAAAAAGACCUGAAAAUGUGUAUGCACAAGAUGAUUAUAAAAAUAGUAUUGUGUAUUGGGUUUGGGAGCUUUAUGGAAAGGGGAAAAGUGUUAGUGUUGUUGAUAAAAGGAUAUGUGUUGAUGAAGAGGAUGAUAUUGAGAGGACAACAUUGGAAGAAAUUGAAGUUGUGCUUAUUCUUGGAUUGGCUUGUUGUCAUCCAAAUCCAAAUGAAAGGCCAUCAAUGAAAACUGUUUUGAUGGUUCUAAAGGGAGAAGCUUCGCCUCCAACUGUUCCAAUGGAAAGACCUGCUUUUGUUUGGCCAGCUAUACCUUCAUCUUUCAAAGAUGGGGAAGAUAGUUCUCUUAUCAAUGGAACUCUCACUCCAUUCUCUCAACUUAGUGGAAGAUAGAAAAAAUUGAAGCCGCUUGUUUUCGGCAAGACUAUGAAAUCACUUUGUACUAUAGUUUCAUAAUAUUAAUACUAAUUUUCUAUAUCAAUGAAUUCGUAUGUACACUAGUUUGAUUUUGCACAUAAGUGAACAACUUUUUCUCUUUUUUGUGUACUUUGUUAUCUUCUUGAAAAAUUGUGUACUUGUUAAAAACGUAUAAAACAAAAAUAGUCAUGUAUUUGGAAUAGUCAUGUAUUUGGAGGGAUGUACAUGGUGUUUAGGAACGUACGUGGUGUUUGGAGUUGUUAAUGGUAUUAGAGCAACCUCACCCAGAGUGGUGAGGGGUUGUUAAUAGUAUCAAAGCAAGUUCAC